AUGAACGCCCCCCCGAUGCCGCCCGGCUACGGUCGUGGCUUCCCCCAGGGCGCCCAGCGUUCUCCUGCCACGCCUCGUCGCGGACCUCAAGCUCCAGGUGGUGCGAUGCCCGUUCCAAUGCCCCAGCACGCCAUGCCCCCUCAGUACAUGGCGCCUCAGCGUAACCUACAGCACCAGAAUGAUGCCGCUCUUCGUCGCGGUCGCAAGCCUACAGACAAGAAUAUUCCCGAUGGUGUCAAAGAUGUUAUCGUCGGAGAAGGUGUACAGCAGUAUAAAAGUCUACGCGACCUGGAAAAGCGUCUAGAUGCGGCUAUUGUGCGCAAGAGGUUGGACAUUCAAGACUCGAUUAGUAAAACAGUAAAGAAAUACCGGACGAUGCGAAUCUGGGUCUCGAAUACGGUGGAAGGCCAGCCCUGGCAGACGGGCCAAAAUGGCGCUAUUCCAGGAACCACCCCUGGUUCUGGCCGCUACAAGGUGCAGAUAGAGGGUCGGCUGUUGGAUGAUGACAGUGAUCUUGCGGCCUCAGACAGCGAGGGCGAAGACAAUGCACAAGAGAACGGGGAUGCAAUGGAGGAGGACGGUGCCGAUGGCAAAAAGUCAGCUUCUAAGCGGUCGAAGCAACGCUUUUCACAAUUCUUCAAAACGAUCACCAUCGAUUUCGACAAGCCCCCCUCAACAAGCUCUGAUGAGACGAAGACUAUAACUUGGGCAAAGCCCCAAUUACCACAGAACACCGCCAACCUACCGCCCAACGCAGACUUUGAUAGCAUUCAGUUCUCCCGCGCAACGCAGGAAAAUUUGAAUGUUACUGUCAGCCUUGUCAGGGAUGAAACUCCCGAGCGGUAUAAGUUGAGCAAGGAGCUGGCUGAGGUGCUUGAUGUCGAGGAAGAGACCAGAAGUGGAAUUGUUUUGGGUAUCUGGGACUAUAUCCGCGCCAUGGGGCUACAGGAAGACGAGGAGAAGCGGCUAGUACGCUGUGAUGACCGUCUACGAGCCAUUUUCGGUAGAGACCAGAUGUUCUUCCCUCAAAUUCCGGAAAGCAUUGGCCCUCACACUAGUCCCCUUGACCCCAUCAAGCUACCUUACACAAUCCGCGUGGAUGAAGAAUUCCACAAAGACCCCACACCAACUGUCUACGAUAUUCAAGUCGCAGUCGAAGACCCCCUUCGCUCCAAAAUGCUAGCUCUAACUCAAAACCCUCAGUACACUGCUGGUAUGCGCCAAAUCACUCAGCUGGAUGACCAGGUCGCCCUCAUCGUCCAAGCCCUCACACAUUCACGCGCGAAACAUUCAUUCUUCACUGCGCUUAGCAAAGACCCUGCCGCAUUCGUACGUCGCUGGAUCAACUCUCAGCGCAGAGACCUCGAGACGAUUCUCGGCGAAGCUACUCGCGGCGGUGGCGAGGACGCCAGUGGACCGGAGUUCCGGCGUGGUGGUUCAGACAGCGUUUGGGACACGGUUGUUGCUCAUGAGGCGGUGCGAUACAUGCUUGCUAAACCGGAGGCUGUUAUGGGUCGGUGA